CCUAGAUCCAGCCGUGGGUCUGUCUGCUCCAAACACCCCCUUCCCCUGGGAGAGCUGGAAUUGGAGCAGUUUGGGGACGUUCCCAGUCAUUUAUCCAGCUUGGGGAGAUCCACAUGGCAUUGCCAUGCCAAAGGACAGCUGUGUGUUGGCUCCAGUGGCUUUCCAAACCUGGCACUGCAGGGUUUGCAAUUUCCCAUUUUUCCCAGGGCAAUCAAUCCGCUUUCUGGGUGAUUUUCUCAUUGCUUGGGGUCUCCUUGGAGCACUCCUGCCUGUUUUUUGGCAUUCCUUGUGGAGUUGCCCCAUCAGAUCCUCAGGCAGGUACAAACCAUGGAGAAUCCCUCUGGAUGUGCUGUUCACCUGGAGUACGUUGUUGUUACACACAACAGUUGUGUUUCUCUUACCUGGAAGGUUGAGCACUGUGACUUUGGGGGGAAACCACCGUGUUUUGGUAGUGGGAACAUUCAGCACUGCAUUGUGUCCCAGGAGAAGGGUUUUCUCUGGAAAUCCUUGGAUUUAUGGCUCCAAACCAGGCAGAAGCAGCAGGAUGGCACUGAGGGUCGCUGGGCAGGAGGGGCUGCAGGCCCCCCGUGCCAGUGCCAGCCCCGUUCCCACCCCGAUGUGUUCCUCUGGCAGCCUGGAAUCGUGUCCCCGUUCAAGCGCGUGUUCCUGAAGGGGGAGAAGGGCCGGGACAAGAAGGCUCAGGAGAAGGUGACGGAGCGGCGGCCGCUGCACACCGUGCUGGUGGCGCUGCCCGACCGCGUGGAGCCCGACCUGCUGCUGCACGACUACAUCGAGAAGGAGGUCAAGUAUUUAGGGCAGCUCACCUCCAUCCCGGGGUACCUGAACCCGUCCAGCCGCACAGAGAUCCUGCACUUGAUCGACAACGCCAAGAGAGCCCACCAGCUGCCGGGGCAGCUGAGCCCGGAGCACGACGCCGUCAUCAGCCUCUCUGCCUACAACAUCAAGCUGGUGUGGAGGGACGGGGAGGACCUGAUCCUCAGGGUGCCCAUCCAUGACAUCGCCUCCGUCUCCUACAUCCGGGACGACUCCGCCCACCUCGUGGUGCUCAAGACAGCCCAGGAUCCCGGGAUCUCUCCGAGCCAGAGCCUGUGUGCAGAGAGCUCCAAGGCGCUGACGUCGGGCUCGCUGUCGGAGAGUGCAGGGGGGCCCCUGGAGUGCUGCUGCCUGGUGGUCCUGGCCACGGAGAGCAAGGUGGGUGCCGAGGAGCUGUGCUCCCUGCUCAGCCAGGUCUUCCAGAUCGUCUACACCGAGUCCACCAUCGACUUCCUGGACCGCGCCAUCUUCGACGGCGCCUCGACGCCCACGCGGCACCUGUCCCUGCACAGCGAUGACUCCUCCACCAAGGUGGACGUGAAGGAGCCCUUCGAGGCGGAUGCCAGCACUUUACACGCUGGAGGCAGGGGACGUGUCCCCCUCCUCCUUGGCAGCACGCCCGUCCCCACACGUCACCACGGCCAGCGAGAGCGAGCUCAGCACCACGGCCACCGAGCUGCUGCAGGACUACAUGAUGACGCUGCGCACGAAGCUGUCCUCGCAGGAGAUCCAGCAGUUUGCCAUGCUGCUGCACGAGUACCGCAACGGGGCCUCCAUCCACGAGUUCUGCAUCAACCUCAAGCAGCUCUACGGGGACAGCAGGAAGUUCCUGCUCCUGGGCCUGCGUCCCUUCAUCCCCGAGAAGGACAGCCAGCACUUCGAGAACUUCCUGGAGACCAUCGGGGUGAAGGACGGCCGCGGCAUCAUCACCGACAGCUUCGGGCGCUACCGGCGCUCGCUGGGCGCCGCCGCGGCCGCCAACGGCACCGGCGCCGCCGGCAGCUCCGACGAGCAGUCCGUGCCCUCCGAGGAGGACGAGUGGGACAGGAUGAUCUCCCACAUCAGCAGCGACAUCGAGGCCCUGGGCUGCAGCCUGGACCGGGACUCGUCCUGACGGAGCGCCGGAGCCGCGGCCGCGCCCGCCGGGAACGCGGGGCUGCCCCCGGGGGCACCCGGCACAGGGCCGCCCUGGGGCACAGAGGCACCCCCGGAGGACACAGAGGCACCCCCGGGCUGCCCCCCGUGGGGACAUGGAGCGUGCAGCCGGUCCCAGGGUGAUCCCAGGACAUGGAGCUGCCUCCCAAAACAGGGAGCUGCCCUCGGGGGGGGAUCCAGGACACUGAGCUGCCCCUGGAGGGGACACGGACCAUGGAUCUGCCCUCGGAGGGGCCCAAGAACAGCAGCCUGUGCCCUCGUGGAGGUCCUGGAACGUGGAGCUGGCCCUGGAGGGAGCCCAGAGCCCUCGUGUGGGAUGUGGGGGGGUCUGCACUGCCCCAGCCUCACUGACAGCUCCAGGGGCUCCAGCUGGGACGUGGGGGACAGACCUGGGUUUGGAUUUUGGGGGCAGAUCCCCUCCCACAGGGACAGAGCUGCUCCUGACUGUCCCCAUCUGCUCCUGAGGGAUGUCCUGAGUGUUGGAUCUGUUCCCAAGGGGCUGGAUCUGCUCCCCCCAGUUUACAGUUUGCACAGCUGGGUCCCCCAGAACUGCCCCCCCCCCAAAAUGAAGUUCUACCACAAUGUGAA